GAAAUUAUUAUUUUAUUGUUGUUCUAAACCCCCAACCCGUGAUAAAGUCCUGUGCGGGAGCCCCUGGUGAGCAAGGAUGCCCGGGUGCUUCCACCCAUGAUAUGUCAGUGAUAAGAAGGUGGGGGUGGGGCUGCAGCAAAAUGCACCUAUGCCUGUGUAGACAUAAAUCCUUGCACCGGCCCUGACUGUAUAUUACAGGAUCCAGUAGACACAAAUUUAGCAAGGAGGGUGUCUGCAGUUCCUGGAUCUAUAGAUUCAGAAUAUGAAGCAGAACAUCAGCCGCAGUGCACUGGGCCAACCGGUUUCCAUUGUGCUGCAGUCUCCUCCCUUCCACACUAUCCAGACUUCUCCACCCAACCCCAUCCGUUGCUUUUCCCCCCAAGAUUUGAGGUAUCCGCCUCUGGUAGUGAGGUAAUCGCGUGUUUAAAUGCCGCAGACGCCAGCGGUCCUCCAGCAGACAAGCUCCCAGUGUGCUGAAUAACGGUUCAUCUCAAAGUCCAUCCAUCAUGAGUAGCUCCGGUCCCCUGCAGCUCGGGCUCAUCAACUGCAACAAUAAAUAUCUGACUGCCGAGACGUUCGGCUUCAAGAUCAACGCGUCAGCGUCCAGCCUGAAGAAGAAGCAAGUGUGGCUGCUGGAACCCGUGGGCGAGGAGGCAGUGUUGUUGCGGAGCCACCUAGGCCGAUACCUCUCUGCAGACAAGGAUGGACGAGUGUCUGGCGAGAUCGAGGUUCCUAACGCCGAGUGCCGCUUUCUAGUGAGCGCCCAGGGGGAUGGCCGCUGGGUGCUGCAGUCGGAGGCGAAUGGUCGUUACCUCGGCGGCUCGGAAGAUCGCAUUAGCUGCUUUUCGCCUUCUGUAUCCCCUGCCGAGAAGUGGGCCGUUCAUCUGGCCAUGCACCCCCAGGUUACCAUAUACAGCGUUACCCGCAAAAGAUAUGCUCGUCUGGGGGCUAGCGGGGAAGAACUGUCGGUGGAGCGGGAUGUGCCGUGGGGUCUGGACUCCCUCAUCACUCUUCUCUUCCAGGACAACCGCUACAGCAUCCAGACCCCCGACCACCGCCUACUGGCUAUGGACGGGAGUCUGAGCAGUGAGCCGGAGCCAGACACCAAGUACACUCUGGACAUUUCGGCCGGGAAAGUUGCCUUUAGGGCUACUGAUGGCCGCUACUUAACCCCCUCCGGACCGAGCGGCACCUUGAAGGUUGGUAAGAAUAGUAAGGUUGGCAGGGAUGAGCUGUUCGUGCUGGAGAGGAGCUGCCCGCAGGUCGUGCUCACAGCUGGCAAUGGGCGUAACGUUUCCACCCGGCAAGGGAUUGAUCUGUCUGCAAACCAAGAUGAAGAGAGUGAUCAAGAGACAUUCCAACUGGAAAUCAAUAAGGACACAAAGUGUGCCUUUCGGACUCAUACUGGAAAAUACUGGACUCUGUCAAAUAAUGGUGGCAUUCAAGCAACGGCUUCAACUUUGAAUGACAAUUGUUACUUUAACAUUGAAUGGUAUGAUCGACGGAUUACUUUGAAGGCAGCAAAUGGAAAGUUUGUGAUUGCAAAGAAAAAUGGACAGUUGGCGGCUUCUGUGGAUUCUCCUGCUGAAUCUGAACAAUUCCUGAUGAAGCUCAUUAACCGUCCUCUAAUUGUCCUAAGGGGAGAACAUGGCUUUAUUGGAUGCCGUAAAAUGACUGGGACCCUAGAUUGUAACAGAUCAAUUUAUGAUGUUUUUCAACUGGAAUUUAAUGAUGGUGCAUACAACCUUAAAGAUUCCACAGGGAAAUACUGGACCGUGGGUAAUGAUUCUUCUGUUACCAGCAGUAGCCCAUCCCGGGUAGAUUUCUUCUUUGAGUUCUUUGACCAGAACAAGGUUGCAAUCAAGGUGAAUGGCCUCUACCUGAAGGGAGACCAUGCUGGGGUCCUUAAAGCCAAUGCAGAGUCUAUUGAUUCCACUUCGCUCUGGGAGUACUAAGCACCUGUAAUUUGAUCUGGUCUUGUAUUACACAUCCUAUGUUUCUUGUGCCUGGCAUUCUAAGCAGGACCUCAAAUAUGCAUAGAGCUUUGAUUUUUUUUAUUUUUUUUGGUAGAUAUAUUUAAUUUACCGAUAUAACCCAUAUCAAAUAAAACAUAACUGGAUGAUAUAUAUCUGCUAUAAAUCAAAUUGUCAGUGCAGAGGCUUCUGUUAAUUUUGCUACAGUUUGUUCCUUAAUGUCAACUGCUGUAAUGAAGAGACUCAAAUGCACUUGAUCAUUUAAACAAUUUAAAAUGCAACACAGACAAGUUAGCACAAUUAGGAUGUGUCAAAAUUAGAUCAUUUAAGUGAUGGAUGUAAGGAAGUAUUUUUGUAUUUUCUAUUAGGGUACCACAUGCCAAAAUUUAAAGCACUAUUAUUCAUAGCACAUUCUGGCAGAUCAAGGAACUGAAUUUAUGUUAAAGCCUAUUUAAAGGGUAACUCUCAUUAAAACUAAUUUUUGCUAUUGCACUCCUUAUGGUAGAAAAUAUUUGUAAUAUACUUUGUUUAAAAAAAAUGAAGUUUUCUAUGUUUUAUUUGUGCUUAACAAAACUCAAAAGCACAUUUUCCCCCAUCUUAUACACAGACUGGGCCAAAGUCCAAACACAGAAAGUGCAGUCUGGAGUGCUGAGGGGGGUGUGUCCAGCCUCAUCCAAUCAUAACUCCUCUCACACUUAACUGCCAUAUGCUGUGUGUUGGACACAGCCCCCUCAGCACUCCAGGCUGCACUUCCUGUGUUUGGGCUUUGUUCCAAAGUCUCCGUAUGAGAUGGGGGGGAAAAUGUUUUAAGCUUUUUUUUAAGCACAAAUAAAACAUUAAAAAUAUUUCCAAUAUACUUUGUUUAAAAAAAUGAAGUUUUAUAUUUACCAUAAGGAGUGCAAUAGCAAACAUUUAUUUUAGAGAGUGCCCAUUUAAAACUAAUUCAUCUGAGAAUAUCCACAACAAAAAACUGUUUUGCCGCAGAACAUACUAAGGCUGGGUUCACAUCACAUUUUUGCCAUACUGUUUUCAAUCAGUUUUUCAAAAAAAUGGAUGGAACAGUACGGGGAAAAAGUAAACCGUAUGCAUUUUUA